UAGCUUCAACAUACCGAAUGGGGCUGGGGGGGCUAGUGGGACGACAACAGGAGGAGACUUAGGCUAGGAGGGGAGGGCUCACUCAACCGAAUGGUCUAAGAAGUGUAUAAACUAAUGUGGUGCCUCAUUGCCUUGUCAGUGUCUUUCUGAUCAGUCAGAUAAAUGAAGUCAACGAGUCAGAGAAUACUUUAUAUUUAAAACUUCAAACAAAUAAUCCCAGCGACGUCGAGCUGCUGCUCCUCUCUUCUCACAGACCCAACGCCAAGACGUCAUCUCAAAGGACAGCUUAUCAGGUGGUCUUCAUCUUCAGCAUCUGCAUCUUCUCAUUGCCUUCACCAUGAAGACGCUGACUGUGACUGCCCUUCUUUGUGCCGUGAUGGCUCUGACUACAGCUGCUGCUCUCCCAGAGGAAAUGUCUGGAGAGGAACCUGAAGAGCGUCAUCUGGUCAAGUGGUCCUUUUUUUGUCCCUACGGUUGGACUCGCUACAGCGGUCGCUGUUACCGCUUCAUUUCAAGAGCGAUGUCUUGGGGUCGAGCUGAGAACAACUGUCUUGACCUGGGGGGACACCUUGCAUCCGUUCGCAACGUCCUGGAGUACCGUGAAAUUCAGGAAGUCAUCACGAGCGCCGAUUUGAGUUCUCCACAAACAUGGGUUGGAGGCUAUAAUGCACAAGAGGUGAACCAAUGGUUCUGGAGUGAUGGGACUCGUUUGGACUUCACGAUGUGGGCCCCUGGAGAGCCGAACAACUAUCAGGGCAGGCAGCGUUGCAUUCAAAUGAAUUUUGGAGACGGGAAGGCCUGGGAUGACGUGGAGUGCUGGACUGAACGUCCAUCUAUUUGUGCCAAGUGAACCUGAUCCCUGAGCCCUCUCAUUUAUACUCCUCUUUUCUGUCGCUGUAACGCUAUUUAAGGAACGAUACGACAAGUGACACAAGCUGGAUGGUGUUUGAGGCCUUGAGCCUCAAUAAGAGUGGUUAAUGGAAAUAAUGCUUUUAGCACAAUCCUCACACAUUAAUAAAAAGCUCAAGCA